AUGGCGCGUAAGCGGAAGGGCCGGCCGCCAAAACGCGGUGGAGGUGGCAGUUACGCGAACGAAAGAGCCAACCUGAGGGAAGAGAGGGUAGACGCACCGAAAAUAUCGAUAUCACGGAGUGAUCUUGUGAACAGCGAUUCGAGCAGCGACGACGAGUUCUUCUCUUCGCAUGAAUCACCCCAAGACACCCACGUUAAUGGCCGCAGUUGGCUUGAAUCAACUCGCAAUGAGCCCACGCCGGUGCCAGAUAUCAACAGACUGCAAUUGGCAGCAGGAACACUGGUACCACGCAAAUACGGGGAUACGGAACCCCCGUUUUGUGGCCUUUUUGCCGAGAAAGACGCUAACGUGUCGCUGGGUAUUCCGACCGCGACGGAAAGGUACCUGUUCAACCGGUUCAGCAAGGUUGCGGAACCAAUUGCUACAGAAUACGACCCAGAACGUACGCAGAGCGUUUCGCGGAUCACAAGGCUGCACAUCAGCGGAAGAUCAAUACCCACCUGGUAUACUGCACCCUACCCCGAGGAGUAUACUAAGCGGUCGUACAUCAGUGUGUGCGAUAUGUGUCUCAAGUACAUGAAAUCCGAUUUCGUGGCCCAUCGCCAUUCGCUAAAGUGUCCCGGAAGGGCACCUCCUGGAACUGAGAUCUAUCGUGAUUCGGGCUACUCUGUCUUUGAAAUUGACGGUGCCCAUGCUCCUCUUUACUGUCAGAGAUUGUGCCUGAUGGCCAAACUGUUUUUGGACUCCAAGGCAUUGUACUACGAUGUGGAGCCGUUUUUGUUUUAUGUGCUCACGUCCGUCGACGAGACUGGCUGUCAUUUUAUUGGCUAUUUCUCGAAACUGAAAAUCAGCUCGGACUUUCCUGCAAAGGACAAAGCCAACAAUGUUUCUUGCAUCGUUACGCUUCCUGGGUUACAGCAGAAAGGGUUUGGCCAGUUCCUGAUUUCAUUGUCGUACUUUUUGACCAGAGCCCAGCACACGACAGGAACACCCGAGAAGCCAUUGAGUGAACUUGGGGCAAAGGCAUAUACAAAAUUUUGGACUUUACAUAUUUGUGAAGAGCUUGAGCUGAUUCAUGCGGAGAAAACCCGCAAGAUAUCUAUCCAAGAGUUGAGCAUGCGUACGGGCAUGACCACUGACGACGUUAUUUAUUCGCUUGAGACUUUGGGUUGGUUUAAAAACGGCCAGAUAUCUGUAAACAUCACGGAACUCCACCACCGGCUAAAAACGUGGCGCUCUAAAGACCUCCUCAAGGUAAACCCUCAAGCCUUAUUAUGGACUCCUUUGAAAUUACAGUCCCAAAACUUGGACAGUUGA